AUGCUUGAUCUUUUGUAUGGCAAAACACCGCUUAUCAAAGAGCAUGGGUUCCUCACGCCAAGCGAGUGCGCCAAGUAUGAGCGGGAGUUGAGCCGACUCGUCACUCCCUAUACGCAUAAUACAGGGCCGACCAUGCGCAAGGUGGGCAUCGCCCAGUUUGAGUAUCAAGCUCAAUCGCAAGAGGACUUGAAAAAUCGCAGCGAUGAGCAGGUCAGGUACUUCGCCGAUGCCAAGAAAUGGGAGAACUUCCACCAGAAGCUUGCCGAGGAAAAGGGUCUCGACGCCUGGUAUCGAGUGAUCAACCGCAUCGCCGCGCUCUUCCCAGACUGGGAUGUACAAAUCGCCUCUGAGGGCCCGGGACUCAAUUACUUUUCGGGAAUCUUUCGAGCCUUGAACGACUCUACCCAUCUUCACUGCGACUUUUCCCCAUACGAUAGUCUGACAGAGGAAUGGAUCAUCAAUUCCGUUGAACACCAGGCAGUGUUUAACCUCUUUCUAGCCCCGGUCAAAGGUGGACAAACGAUUGUUCAUGACGUACAGUGGACAAAAGAUGCCCUUCGAUACCGUGACCCCGAAAGUUACGGCUAUCAUCGCGACUUGGUCAAAGACGCGCAAAAGGCCUAUUGCGAGCCAACCGUCGGGGCCCUAUGCAUGUUCAACUCGCAAAACAUGCACGAGGUAGAGGCCGUAACUCCAGAAGAGAUGCCUUCGCUUGGGAUGCCGUACCGACCGAGACUAUCGCUCAGCAGCUUCAUGGGAUUGCUGCCGAGUUCCAAGACUGGAGGAAAACCCCGCUUGAUCUUCUGGUCCUGA